GGCCCCUGCGCACUGGGGCCCCAGCACCCGCCGCGGCUCGGGACUCAGCCCCUCGGAAGAUGGCGGAGCGCGCCCGCACGUCCCUGAAGGGGCUGCGGGAACGGAUGGCUGCUGCUGCCAAUGCCAUUGCUGAAGAAAGACGGAAUCAGAGGGGCUUUAACACUCUCCCAUCCCAAUCCUCAAAUAUGAAGCCAUCCUUUAAACCAGUACUAGAUGGAUCUGUGCUUAAAAAUGAUAUAAAACAACGAUUAGCGAAGGAGCGCAGAGAAGAGAAAAAAAGACAAGAAGAUGCUAAUAAAGAAACACAACUACUUGAAAAAGAAAGAAAGUCUAAGAUCCUAUAUGAAAAACAAACGGAAGAAAAGCAACGAAAGUUGCGAGAACAAAAAGAAAGGGAUGAACAACGGAGAAUAUCUGUAGAAAAAAGGAGAAAAGACAAAUUACAGGAGGAAAGGGAGAAAUUCAAAGCCGUCUUUUAUCGUACAUUGGAACGCAGCAGCAGCCGUGUUGAUUGUCAAAAAAGAUGGUCAUGGGAAGGCUGGACAGCAGUCAGCUCUUCCACAAUAAAUUCUGAGGAUAAAACUGAAACAACGAAAAAGAGGAGAAGCUCAUCUUUGAAUAGAAGAUGUAGCAAACCGCAUUCAUCUACGGAAAUAGAACAAGUAGAAGAAAAAACAACUGACAUCCACAGUGUAGUCCAGUAUGUAAGAAUGCCCCUACUUAGCAACAGCAGUCAUGAAUUGAAGAGUACCAUAGUGCCUUGCAAGUCAACAGUGGCCAUGCCUCCUCACGAGAAAGUAGAGACACCCUCCAAGACAAGCGUGGAAGCACCCCCAAUGGCGAGUGUGGAAGUGCCUCCUGAGGUGAGCGUUGAAGUAUCUCCCAAGGUAAGCUUGGAAGCGCUCCCCGGGACGAGCUACGAAGCGCUCCCCGGGACGAGCUACGAAGCGCUCCCCGGGACGAGCUACGAAGCGCUCCCCGGGACGAGCUACGAAGCGCUCCCCUGGAUGAGCUACGAAGCGCUUCCCGGGACGAGCUACGAAGCGCUCCCCGGGACGAGCUACGAAGCGCUCCCCGGGACGAGCUACGAAGCGCUUCCCGGGAUGAGCUAUGGAGUGCUCCCUGGGAUGAACUUUGAAGCAUACCCUGAGAGUGUGGAAACAUCACCUGAGGCGAGUGUGGAUCUUUCCUCGGAUGUGAGCAUGGAUUCGUCCCCGGAGGUGAGUGUGGACCCGUCCCCCAAAGUGAGCACGGACUCUUCUGAGGUGAGUGCAGAGGUGUCAUCUGAGGCUAGUGUGGAAACAUCCCCUGAGGCCAGCAUGGAAACACUCCCAGAGGAGAACGAGAGCCUGGAGGCACUUUCUGAGGAGAACGAGAGCCUGGAGGCACUUUCUGAGGAGAACGAGGGCCUGGAGGCACUGCCUGAGGAGAACGAGGGCCUGGAGGCACUGCCUGAGGAGAACGAGGGCCUGGAGGCACUGCCUGAGGAGAACGAGGGCCUGGAGGCACUGCCUGAGGAGAACGAGGGCCUGGAGGCACUGCCUGAGGAGAACGAGGGCCUGGAGGCACUGCCUGAGGAGAACGAGGGCCUGGAGGCACUGCCUGAGGAGAACGAGGGCCUGGAGGCACUGCCUGAGGAGAACGAGGGCCUGGAGGCACUGCCUGAGGAGAACGAGGGCCUGGAGGCACUGCCUGAGGAGAACGAGGGCCUCGAGGCACUGCCUGAGGAGAACGAGGGCCUCGAGGCACUGCCUGAGAAAUCAGAAACAGAUAUACAGGCCUCAAAGCCUAUUACCAAGAAGCGCCUACCACCGUCGCAGAUACCCUGUUACAGAUGGUCCUCUUCUCCCACAAGCAGGUGGCGUCCGCCGUCUUCCGUCAGUGCUAGCAGGCAAAUCCAAAAGAAUCGCCUCCUGUCACCUUCACCUGUCACGUCAAAACCAGCGGCCCAGUUUUCUUUUUCUUAUAAAGUAAUUCCUAUCCAGCGUACCCCAUUGGCACAAAAUGCAGGUACUAUUGGAAUGAAAAGUGAAGCCAUUUCUAACACCAGUAAGAGCUCCGAGGCUGCUAGCCAAAAGGAUAUGAUCUGUGAAGAGUCUGGUAAUAAAAGCACACCAGGACCUAUGAAUGCCAAGGAGGGAACAAAAAUUUUGGCAGAAAAACGACGUGUUGCUCGUGAACAAAAAGAAAAAGAGGAAGAAAGACCACAAAAAGAGAUGGAACAAAGAAAAAUAAAAGACAUGACAAAGAAAGUGGAUGAAGGCCAAGAAGAAGCGUUCUCAAAAUUUGAAGAUGGGCAACAACCAAAGGAGUUCAAAAAGAAGAAAGGAAGUCAGAGUCAAGAAGACCAGAAUGUACAGCUCCAGAAAGCUGAUGCCAAAAUAAAGGCUCAGGAGGAAGCAGACAGACGCAAGAAGGAGCAGGAGAAAAUUAUGUUACAGAAUUUACAGGAGAGAUUAGAAAGAAAAAAGAGAAUUGAGGAAAUCAUGAAGCGGACAAGAAAGCCAGAUUCGAAUGCCGUACAGGCCGCAGAAGCAUCCAGCAAUGAUGCACAUGAGGACGACAAGGCAGACGAUGAGGACGAGCCAGAAAGUGACAUCGAUUCCUUUGAUGACCUGUAUCCAUCAGCUUUUAUAAAUGGCAUAGAUUCAUCCACGAAACUGAAAACACAUUUUAAAAAUGUGAAGAACGCUCACAAGCUGGUGUUUUUAGAUGCCACUUCUAGCCACAGCUACAAAGAUGCAACAACAUUUUUUAAUUGUGACACGGAAACCUUUAGACAAAAAAAAGGUGAAAGACCCUUUGAAUCGGACAAAGAGUAGCAGAUCCUCCACCAAAGGAACAACCAGCCGAGCAGCAAAAACCGGAGAGGCAGUCAUCAGCAACACCGUGGGACCUGCCAAGAGUUCAUAUUCAGAGGCACAGGAGUGGAUCUGCGACAAGAUCAUUGACAUUACAAGCAGGACAGAACCUCCUAGGUCCCGUAGCCCUCCUAAGAGCCAAAAACACCAUCUAAAAGGUUCCACGACAUCCUGCCUGAGUCACCAGCCACCUAUAGACAACACGGAGAGCAGCACAUCUGUUCCUGCCCCAGCAGCUAGGUAAACCUCGUCCAUCCUGGAAGAGAAUCCAUCCUCCACUAUGGCUUUUGACUUCCAGGCCCAUCUCAAAAUUUCUCCACCUGCUACUUGAACCUGGCAAAGAAAAUGACUAUUAAAAAAAGAAGAAGAUCAAAACAUCAUCUUAACGUAUCUCAGCAGAUGCUCCUGUCAUCUCUGCUCUUGCCCACAAGGGUUCUGAGUAAAGAGUUGUUUUGCUUUCCUUUAAAAAUCUCCAUUGUCAUUCAUUCUUCUGUUUUCCUGCCAACACGUGUUUGAGUGUGUAUCAAGGGUGUCUUUAUAAAAUGCUAAUAAGUUUCUAAAAGAAUCUUUACCAAAGAAAUCGUUUUUCUCAGUACAUACUUGAAAUCUCAAAAUCAUGUUUACUCCCUUUAACGGUUACAUUAACGUAGCAAUAAAAACUCACAGUUGAUCUUAUAGGGAACACAAUGGGUUUUGAGAGGGCCUCGAGACUGCUCACGAGAGCUUUGUCAAAUUGUUUUAAUAGACAAAUACAGGUUGCAAAAUACCGCCUGUCACGUUUUCCCAUCAGGGACGUCUCUCUUUACGCUGCCGUGGUCUGGCAGCCCAGCGCGCAGGCCCCCGCGCCCGGAAGCGCCGGGAGUCCGAGGAGCAUCGUCCCGGCUCUGUCAGUGCUGCCUUUUGAAGCCUGCCCUUCAGUAUAACUCGGGCUUGAGAUGUGGAACCAAAAUUUGCUUGCCUUUGCCUAGCCGCUGGCUGCAAGUGAGUCAGAAGCAGAGUUAUUCUCCGGUCCCCGGGAUAGCCAGGCACACAGCCCUGCCCGGUGUACAUGCACACACGUGUGCGCACACGCAGGAGUAAUGUCGCCUGAGAUGCACUGAAGCCUGCUCGAACCAUAACCUAAAACUUGGAUGCAGGUUAGUUGUCCCAGUGCUAAUGAGAUUUCUGGUGAAUCACAAAUAGUUUGAAGCAGGCCCCUGUGCCUUUCUAGGCACUAGUCUUGGACUAGUAAAAGGAAGGAACCAUUCUUCUGAGUCCCCCGUUCUUUGCUAUGCAGAGUACAGUUCCUUUGUUAUAGAUUAGAGCUCGGGGCCUUGGGGCUUAGUGCAGAAACUAUCUUUAUACACCAGCUCUCUUCUUUAAAGGACAGAGAUAAUCAUCCUAACAAAGGAGUUCCUUUUUCUGCACAAAUUUCACGUGUUGAAACGCGGUUACACUGUUCCUGUGCAGCAUGCAAUAAACUUUGCAGAUAAA